AUGCCGCUCUCGUCGCUCUGUGGGGGAGAGAAGACCGUGAAGCGCAAGCUGGUGCUCUUAGGAGACGGCGCAUGCGGAAAGACUUCGUUGUUAAAUGUGUUCACAAGAGGAUUCUUCCCGACUGUCUAUGAGCCUACUGUGUUUGAUAUCUACGUUGAUAACAUCCACAUGGAGCUCUCCCUAUGGGAUACAGCUGGACAAGAAGAAUUCGACCGCCUCCGUGCUCUGUCAUACGACGACACCCAAGCUAUAAUGCUUUGCUUCAGUGUUGACAGCAAAGACUCCCUCGAGAACGUAGAGUCAAAAUGGAUGGCUGAAAUUGGCGAAAACUGCCCCGGAGCAAAGAUCGUCGUUGUCGCGCUGAAAUGCGAUCUCCGAGAAGAAGCCAGUGACGAGAAAGAUGAUGGCACUGCCUCGCAACAGCAGCCCAAGUCCGUGAUAACUUAUAAUCAGGGACUCGAGGUGGCAAAGCGAAUAAAUGCUCUACGAUACCUAGGUGCGUCCAACCUUGAGAAGGGAUAUCGGGAUAUCGUUACUGACUAG